UGAAGGGGCUUCCUUCGUUUGUCCCUCCAUAUGUUAGCAGACGGUCUUCGUGCGUCACAUCCUGCUGCGCGCGCAGCUUCGAGUGGAGGGGACCAGUCAGUCCGUCAGUCCGAGGGCCUUACUCCUCCUGAGUGGAGUGCCUGCCUGCCUGCCUGCCUCCGCCACACCGAACAACGAAGAGUAGUCGCAGUACGAGGACGCAGAUAGCCUUCUGGACGUCGCUAACUUCUUUCAUGUUAAGCACAAUGCUUGCCUCCAGGGCUCUUGCCCUGGUGGUCCUUGUCGCGGCUUGGCAGAUCGAAGUAGAAGGCUUUCCGAGGAAUGAAGUUUUCACCAAUUCAUUUCUGGUCCGCUUCCGACGCGACAUGACUCUCAAGGAGGCGUCCGGCGUUGCCAACCUUCACGGUUUCAUCAAUCUGGGCAAGCUGCUGGGGUCAAACCGAGAAUUUCAUUUUCUCCAUCGCUCAGUGCCACACGCGAGGACACGGCGCAGUCUGAGCCACAUGCGCACUUUGAAGUCACAUCCAGACGUGAGGUUCGCAAUACAACAGACGGGCUUCCAACGAACCAAGAGGGGUUACAACCGACUGCGGCUCGCCGUUCUCGAAGAGAUUCAGCAACAGCACCAGAACGAGCCGACGGAUCCGUAUUUCCCCUUCCAGUGGUAUCUUAAAAACAUAGGGCAAAACGGAGGCAAGCCACGUCUCGACUUGAAUGUUGAAGCUGCAUGGGCUCAAGGCUUCACUGGGAGAAAUGUGACCACGGCCAUCAUGGAUGAUGGGGUCGACUAUAUGCAUCCCGACCUGCGGGACAAUUACAACGCUCGAGCAUCGUACGAUUUCUCUGGGAACGAUCCGUUCCCAUAUCCCCGGUACACAGACGAUUGGUUCAAUUCACACGGGACCCGUUGCGCCGGUGAGGUGGCCGCCAAACGAGACAAUGGCGUUUGCGGUGUUGGCGUCGCCUACAACUCGAAGGUUGCGGGGAUCCGAAUGCUCGAUCAACCCUACAUGACCGAUUUGAUCGAAGCUAACUCGAUGGGACACGAGCCCAACCUCAUCGAUAUCUACUCGGCGUCCUGGGGUCCAACAGAUGACGGCAAAACUGUCGACGGUCCUCGAAAUGCUACGAUGAGAGCCAUUGUCCGCGGAGUGAACGAGGGUCGCCAUGGACUUGGAAACAUUUACGUGUGGGCCUCUGGAGAUGGAGGUGAGGAGGAUGACUGUAACUGCGACGGCUACGCGGCCUCCAUGUGGACAGUUAGCAUAAACUCCGCGAUCAACAACGGCGAAAACGCUCACUACGAUGAGAGCUGCUCGUCCACCCUCGCCUCAACGUUUUCAAACGGCGCGAAAGACCCUCACACCGGAGUCGCCACCACCGACCUGUACGGUAAAUGUACAAAAACUCACUCCGGAACAUCGGCAGCCGCUCCGGAGGCCGCCGGUGUUUUCGCAUUGGCGCUCGAAGCGAAUCCCCAGCUCUCUUGGAGGGACAUCCAGCAUUUGACUGUCCUGACGUCGAAAAGGAACUCCCUGUACGAUGCCAAAAAUCGCUUCCAUUGGAAAAUGAACGGCGUUGGACUGGAAUUCAAUCAUUUGUUUGGAUACGGUGUGAUGGAUGCCGGAGCGAUGGUUGCUCUAGCCAAGGAAUGGAAAACUGUGCCUCCUCGAUACCAUUGCGAAGCCGGUUUGAUCCGUUCACCUAAGAAAUUCACCACCAACCAGUCUGUGAUUCUAGAAAUUGAAACUACGGCCUGUCAAGGCAAAGAGACCGAGGUGAAUUACGUUGAACACGUUCAAGCUGUUCUCAGCCUCAAUUCGACUCGUCGCGGAGAGGUGACUCUCUACCUCAUUUCGCCAUCUGGGACCAGAUCCAUGAUUCUGAGUCGUCGACCCAACGACGAUGAUCAUCGAGAUGGCUUUUCGAAAUGGCCGUUCAUGACUACUCACACUUGGGGCGAAGACCCCAAAGGAAAGUGGCGCCUCGAAGCUUACAUUUCUCAAGAAACCCAACAACCGAAUCAUGGCUGGAUACUCGACUGGACUCUCAUGAUCCACGGAACCAAAGAAGCUCCCUAUAAAGAUCUGCCAAUCCAGGACGAGAACAGCAAACUGGCCAUCGUCAAGAAGGCGCAUGAAGAUUAUAUGAAGAAGAAGCAUUGAACAUUCGGACCAAAUCUCAAAGCGGUGGGAACCGAGGAUUCCCGGAAUCGAAAAUUCAUCCUAUUCGAUCAGCUCCUCCCUGAUCAGUCUGACGCCGGAGUCUAAACUUCGAAGAAAUUCUCCUAAUCACAUGAUCUGAAAGCCGUCUGGUGUGCGUCUUUCAAUCCAGACAGACGAAUCAUGAUAUUCCAAGAGUUAAUCGACAAGAAUCGGAAGUCGAAUUUCCAAAUUUUCAAAUCCAAAACUUUAGCAAACAAAACUCGAGGGUCUGAGUCGACCUCCGACAUACAUCAGGGUACAUAGUAGGGGUCGUACAAUGUUCAGGGAACAAAUGAUUCGACGAUCGUAGUGAAUCCACUCAUGCUUCCCUGAAAGAGAGAAUAAGCGCCAUUCGACCACUGAACCUCAUUUGGAUGAGCUCCCCUUCAACAUUACUCGGACAUCGCAGCUUCGAGCUCGUCCAAGAAGAGAGGAAACGCAAUCAGCUUGCGCUCGAAUCUCGUCAAAAACGAAAUUAGAUAAUUAUGGGAUUCAGCGAGGUCGUAGCGUAUCGAUGUUUUUUUGUUGAUGUUUCAAGUUCUAGCCACCUGUUACGUUACGUUGAUAACGACAAUGUUGACGACCACGACGACGAUCUCAAGAGCAUCGUCAAGGAUGCCGGAGAUGAUCGUGAUGUCUAUUUUUCUUAGAUGAGAGAAGGCUCGCCUUCGCUCCGCAUUGAGAUGAGAGAUCUCAGGCUCAAACCGCGAGGAAAAAAAACGAAUUCAGUUCAACGACAUCUCCAUUAGACAGGAAUUCAUCCUUGUCGUGAGGGUAGCCGUUCCAUCGUUUGAGCCCCCCGCCCAACCCUCAAGCCUCCCUUCCCACCAUCACAAAGCAUAUCCUGAAUCUUCAAUGACACGCUGCGAGAGAGAAGCGAAGACUUGUGGAUGCGAAUCGGUGUCGCAAGACGCCAUCAGCUCACCACUCAAACAAUCAAUGAGUCGAGCAAGUGAUUGGGGCAGUCAGUCAGUCAGUGAGUCUCAUCACCCCUGAGACUUCCGACGGAGCUUCUUCGGCAUCGGUUCCCCUUGACAAGUCGGUUGUGCCUCAGACAUGUCUGUUUAGACCUGCGAACCCCGCCCGGAACAACAACGCCUAGCAAUUAUCGGAAGUACCAGAGCGAACAACUCGAGGAACAGACGAACAUUGGAGACAUAUACUGGACUGGCUCUAUCUGCUUGCAUGUCCUGCUUCGGAGGUUCGCCGAUAGAACCUCAUCGGCUUGCGGUCACAAUCAGACUCACACCACGCUUCCGGAUAAUUGGCUGGGAGGAGUGGCCCAGCCGUAUGCCGAUGCCUGUCUGAUUCUGACGAUACCGUGGAACGCAGUAGGUAGCUCAUAAAUCGACGAUAAAACAAGAACACCUUUGAUUUUAUUUCAUUCACCCGCAUCGUGAUUAUUAGUAUUAUAAUUGUUGUACCAACCGAUUUUACUUUGGCUACCGUCUGGCCUCACCACGCAACGUUCGACAUCAAGAGCAGCCGUCGUAAAGGGAAAAAUCUGUCUACUUACCUAUCCUUAUGAACCAGAGCUGUUGAAAAGGUUGAAAUAACUGACGACUGAUUUAUUUUGAAUUCCGAAGAAACCAAUAAAAAUCUAUUUAUCACCCUA